UGGUAAAACUGGAGCAGUUCGUUUGCGGUUUCCGAACGAAUUUGCGCGCGCAAAUUUCGUGUGUUCGAAAAUAGUUGGCGGUGUUUUUUUUUUUCAACAGAAAAAAAAAGUUUUGUGUGAACUUUUUGUUUAGAAAGAGGAUACAAUAAGUCAUCGAGAUGAUUCAUAUUAAGGUCCUCAGUGUCGCCGUACUGGCUGCGAUGGUGAGCUGCGAGCCUCCUGUGGGGUACAACUACCAGCCGCCGCGGAACAACUACCAAACCAACCACUAUAACGCACCAAGCAACAGUUACAUCCCACCCAAUACAGGUUUUAGUGCGCCCAGCAAUAAUUACUUGCCGCCCAGCUCCUUCGGCUCCGGUUCAGACUCAUAUGACCAUGGGCAUGGAAACUCACAUGGACACAACCACGAUAAUGAAAUUCCCAAAUCCUAUGAGUUCGGGUAUUCAGUGAAGGACGCUCAAUCGGGUAACGAUUACGACAGACGGGAGACCUCUGACGGGAAUGUGGUCCGAGGAGAGUACAGGGUCCAGCUGCCUGAUGGACGCACUCAGAUCGUGACAUACCAUGCCGACUGGAAGACCGGUUUCCACGCUGACGUCCGGUACGAAGGCGAGGCAAGAUACCCCGAGCCGUCUCACAAUACUCAAGGUUACAAUUACAACGCUCCCAAUGACUUCAGUGGGUCUUUGACUGGUUUCCACAAUGGCAAUUCUGGAUAUAAACCUUCGACAGCGUACGGACCGCCCGGAUACCAUUGAUAAAAUUACUGCCAAGAAGCUACCAUAGACUAAAUUGUGAUAGUUUAUUUUGUGAGCAAAGAACAAAACUGUCGAUGCCCUAACGUCAAAUGCCUUGAUAUAAAUUGUAUGGCUUGAUUUAAUAUGUACAAAUUAGAAAAUGGAGUGUCAGAAAUCCAUGUCAAAUUCAGAAUGCAAGUCAAAUAUAAAUUACAUAUAUCGAUUAAUUAAAAAAAAACAAAGUUCUAUUUUCAAUCAAGUAUUUUUUAAAUGUUUUUUUUUUUUAUGUUCGAUUAUUUUUUUUUUAUUUAUUAUGCGUUUGAUUUUUUUUUAGUUACUGCAAAAUAUGAUAUUUUUCUUAAAAAUAUAUUAUUCUCCUGUAUGUAGGUAGAUAAUGCAGUGGUUUAGCACACUGCCUCAUCUUUCGAUGGUCGCAGAUUCGACCCCGCACAAUACUGUUCGUAUUGAUUUGGAUGUUUUCUAUGUGCAAUUUUUAUAUAGAUAGAGUAUUAACAAAAAAAAAAUUAUUUAAGUAUUUCUAUCAGUUGUCUAGAAUCAAUGUGUACAAAUUCUGCUUAUUUUAAAACUAGAUGGCGCUGAUCAUAUAUUCAGAGAUAAUUAUUAUUUAUAGAUGAAUGCUCAUAUUGGUUUUUGGCUGCAACAAAGUAUCAAUGUUUUGCUCUUUUGAGGGCAAAGCAAUGAACUAAUUCGUGACCAUUUUGUGUUACUGUGGCAUACGCACGAAAAAUUAUGUUACCUCUUUUAUGUCCUUUCUUUUUGUUUUUUUUCUGUAUAUGUAUGUAUGUAUCUAUCUAUUUAUUUCGAAAUUUAAGAUGUUCUGUAUGAUAUUGUACUAUAUUUAAAAUAGCAAAUUGAAAAAAAGUGACAUGGAAAUUUGUAUGUAUGACUCCAUUACAUUCCGAGCCAAAUGUAUGUGUGAACUAUGUGUACAUUUCUAAUUUAGGUAAAUAAGAUUUUUGUACUUAUUAGUAUUGUUUUG